AGCUUUUGGAGCAGCGCACCGAGAGCUACUGAAACAACAACAAACCAACUGCAAAAUCAAAGCAUUCGAUUAUCAACAUGAAGGUCUUUGUCUGCUUGCUGGCCACCUUGGCUCUGGCUAAUGCCGGACAACGCGGAGGUGCAGGUGGCGGUGGCUAUCUGCCAGGCGGAGGACACGGUGGUGGCGGCGGUGGCGGUGGUGGCUUCAGGAAUGGCGCCGGACUCAUUUCGCAUGUGUCGCAGUCUCACGGCAACACAAAGGUGCACAUUGGUGGUGCUGGAGGUGGAGCUGGAGGCCAUGGUGGCGCCGGAGCCUAUGGCGGCGGCGGCGGCGGUGGUGGUGGUGGCUGGCAGGGUGCCGGUGCUAGUGCUGGUGCUGGUGCUGGCGGCUGGCAGGGAGCCGGUGCUGGUGGUGCUGGAGGUGCCGGUGGCAAUGCCUGGGGCAAUCCAGCCUCUUUCGACUAUUCUGUGAACCAUGGCGCUAGCUCCUCCGUCGGUGGCGGCUCUCGCGGUGGUGCUGGCUGGUGGAACGAUUAAGAAUACUCGCACUGCAAAACAAAUUGGAUAACCGAAACGAAUAAAUAAUU